AUGAAAACUAUUAAUUACAAACCUGCAGAUGAACUUUAUAUGCAUUUUCCUGAGCUACACAAGCAGGAUGUCGAAGAAUUAAAUCAUUGGGCUCGAGAGCAAUUGCACUUACCACCGAUAUCAGAGCUGCAGCUGAUUCAGUUUUUGUUUUCAAAUUAUUACGACAUGGAUGCAGCUAAACGGACAAUUGAAGCAUACUUUACAUUUCGAACAAACUGUAAGGAUUUUUUCCGUCACAGGGAUGUCACACUUGAACCGCUAAAACAAUCAAUGGAUAUUUUGGCCCUGUGCGCUCUUCCAGAAAGUACCACGGAUGGCUAUCGAGUGCUCUUUGCGAAGAUUAUCGAUCCUGAUGCCAGCAAAUUUUCUUUAGCACCGAUCUUGAAACUGGCAUUCAUUUGCGCUGACAUACUGCUAUGGGAAGAAGGAUGCAACGAGGGUCACGUACUAAUCAUUGAUAUGAAUGGUUUACAUUUGGGACAUCUGCCGAAAUUGGGUAUAUUCACUCUGAAAAGCUUUCUCUACUACAUACAAGAAGCACUACCGAUUCGAUUGAAAGGUGUUCAUCUGAUCAAUGCAGUGCCAUUUAUCGAUACUAUUAUGAUGAUGAUCAAGCCAUUUCUCAAAAAAGAACUGCUUCAAAUAUUUCAUAUACACCAGAAAGAGGAAACGGUGUACCCAUUUGUGCCGAAACAUCUAUUACCAAAGGAAUAUGGGGGCCAAGCACCAUCAAGGGUUGAUAUGACAAGACAACUCUACGGCAACGCAAUAAACUGCCGAAAUUUCUUGCUGCAAGAAGACCGUUUGCAGAAAGUGGAUGAGACAAAACGGCCUAAAACCCGCUCUAUUACCAACAUGUUUGGAUUAUUUUGA